AUGAUCGAUGUCAAGGAUGAAGAUCAUCAUCCUCCAAACAAAUUCGGUUCGAGGCAUGUUCAAGUGUUCUUAUUGUUCCUGGGAAUGGUGAUAGCUUAUGCGCUCAGAGUCUGUAUGUCAGUGGGACUUGAGGCUAUGACUGAUAGUAAAAGUAAAAUUGACGUUCCGAUAUAUGACUGGAAUUCGUACCAAAAAAAUAUGAUCCUUAGCUCUUUUGUCUGGGGUUACGUAUUGACCCAGAUUCCUGCUGGGCAUAUAGCAAACACUCAUAGUGCUCGAAAACUUUUGGCUUUCGGAUUAGGAAUGAGUGCCAUCAUUAAUAUAUUUACACCCUUCUUGGCUCAGUAUGGUUACAUACCUGUCAUUGUCAGCAGAGUCGUCAUGGGUUUACUCCAAGCAUGUUUACUACCUUGCACACAGACUUUACUUUCACGCUGGGUACCACCAUUAGAAAGAGCUCGACUAGGUUCAUUAGUAAUGAAUGGCCAACCCUUUGGUAUUGUUGUGACAAUGCCAAUUUCUGGUGUUGUGGCAGCAUCUGGGAUUGGGUGGCCCAGUGUAUUUUAUAUUUUUGGAGCGGUCGCUAUCGCUUGGAGUGUUCUAUUUUUUUAUUUGGGCGCGGACCGCCCAUCGGAUCAUCCUAGGAUCUGUCCCACAGAAGUAAAUUAUAUUAACAAUAGUCUUGGAAACUCGUGCAAAAUUGAACAAGUUAAGAAGUCAAAAGUACCUUGGAAAUCUAUAUUGACAUCUCUGCCCAUGUGGUCUAUAUUGAUCGUCCACUCAGGAUAUAGUUUUGGAUUUUACUUACUUCUUACAAAAUUACCAGCUUAUAUGAAGAAUGCGCUUAAUUAUGAUAUUUCAAGUAGUGGAUUGGUCUCAGCUCUACCGUACUUAAUGAUGUGGCUUAUGGGUUUCCCAAUUAGUUGGAUUUGCGACUAUGCACUCCGCAAAAAUGUGACUAUCGCUGUUGUCCGUAAAAUUAGCAAUACUAUUGGUCUCUGGAUUCCAGCUGUUGCUUUGAUAGUUUUAUCCGUAAUUACUACGAAUAAAACUAGCAUUCUCGUUUCAAUUUUGGCUGUAGCAGUGGGAUUCAAUAGUGGCAUCACUUGUGGUUUUCAGAUUAAUCAUAUUGAUUUGAGCCCAAAUUUCGCGGGUGUUAUGAUGUCCUUAACUAAUGCAGUAGCUAACAUUUUUAGUAUUUUUGCACCGUUAAUCUGUGGGGCCAUCGUAUAUGAUGAGGCAGAUAUAUCACAAUGGCAUAUUAUGUUCUACAUUACCGCUGGAAUCUACUUCGUUACGAAUUUGUUCUUUAUGAUCUUUGGUAGUGGCGAAAUUCAGUUAUGGAACUACCCGAAUGGCCAACCAAUACCUGAUCAAACUAGGAAAUUUUCUGUGAUUUCCAUAACUGGAGAAUCAAUCUCAGUCUCUGUUCCAGAAAAAAUUAAGGAAAGAGAGUAUCAAACUUCGUGCUAA